UUUAAUUUUUGGAUUCUAAGCUGGAAAAGAGAAAUCAAUUUCCCACCACAAUUCCCUUCCUCAGCUCCCAAAACCUCAAAUUCUAAAUCCUUUCCUUAUGAGAGUAAAAGAAUCAACAGUCACAAGGCGGUGGCUGCAGAAACAAUGCUCCUUCAAGCCCUUACAUCGACCAUAUCCUUCCCCGAUUUUCAUACGCAUUAUCACCGCCGUAACACGCUUCUCUUCCGCCGCUUAGCUUUAAACGGUUCAAGAUUGAAUGGAGUAAUGAGCGUCCAUCGGUGGAGGAGGGAGAACCGGAGAAUGACUAUUUCGGCUUCCAAUGUUGAGAGCUCGAGUCUCAAUGCGGAGAAGAAAAGGAAAGUUGUGGAGCACAUAUGUUUGCUCAAAGCAAAGCCAAAUUUGUCUGAAGAGGAGGAAAAUAACAUGCUUGAUUAUUUGUAUACUUCCCAAUAUCAAAUGCGUGGAAUUGUGGCAGUAUCUUUGGGACGCAUCUCCAAUGAAACUGUGGAAAAUUAUACACAUGCUGUCUUCAUGCGUUUCCAAAGAAAGGAAGAUGUGGCGAAGUUCUAUGAGAACCCUUUCUACUUGAAAGUUCUCAAGGAGCAUGUAAUGCCUUACUGCCAUGUACUAACUAAUGUCGAUUACGAAUCUGAAGUGGAAGAUGAUAUUCUUCCCAUAUUUCGUAAAGGAGAGGAGUUCAACUAUGGUGUGGAGUUUGUGCAUCUUAUAGCAUUUGAUGAGAGUGUAUCUGGUGCACAUGUAGAAGAUGCCUUGUUAUCUCUUGAAAAGUUGACAAAAGAAUUUCCAUCCUUAGUUGUCCAGUCUACUCAAGGUUCCAAUUUUAAUCUCAGUAGUCAGGACUAUACCCAUGCAGUGGUGAUAAGAUUCCGAUCAUCAGAGGCGUUUGAGAUGUUUGUGGGUAGCACAGAGUACAAAGAUAUAUGGAGGUCAAAAUUUGAGUUGAUCAUAAAGAAAACACUUCCCUUUCACUUCUCUGUUGAUCCAGUAGGGAAGGAGAUUAUGUAGUCAUGGUCCAUUUCUUUUUUUGUUUGUGUUCCUGCUCAUAGAAGCUGAGGCAUAAAGGAAAGGACACAAACAUGCUAUACUUUGACAUGGAAUUCUUACAGAAGUUUAAAAUCUGAGUCCUGCUAGUUUUAAUUUCAAGGGAAAAGCACUCAGGUUAGCUUUCUUCUCAGUGGUUCUUGCUUAACUUGUGGUGUAUCUUUAUUUUUUCUCUUGUAAGGUUUCAUUAUAUAUUCAUUCAGAUGUUUAUUGGUUCACUCUGUAUUUCUCUUUCAUUUCCUUUUCUGCAACUGAAAUAAAAAUUCCCAUUUAUUCUUUUCUA